UGGAAAAUACACGUAGACGUUUGUAAUGGCGAGGAAAAGUAAAUUCACGUGCAGUGUAUUUAAUCUGAAACUAGGACACUUUAUUGUGCUAGUGAUAAUGACACUUGCUUGUGUUUAUAUAAAUUGGAAUAAUUUCAUAGAUCUUGAGCCUGAUACAAGUUCGGAGCGAAACUUAGAUAUUCCAAACAGAAAACUGUCGUUCCAGACAGGCGGACAUGUCUUUAAGGACUACACGUUUUUAUCUCGAAAACGACAUUCAGAAUUCACCACGAACUUACAUUUUACCUUCAGCGAAGAUGCAAACACAGUGUGUGGUUCCUCCAGUGAAUUGUCGUCAGGCCUUUAUUCGAACUUGUCUCUGCUGAGUCACAACAUACACACAAACGAACUGCAUGUGUUGAUCCGUUUGUAUGACGUCACAGGAUGACCGAGAAGUCGCGGGGGAGAUGUGGUUACAGUGCGGGCACUUAAGCUUCCAUCUAGUGGUUCGAUGGCGACCAAAACAGAAGAGCCUGUUGCGGUCGUUGCUGGUACAGUGACCGACAACGGAGAUGGCACGUACGUCGCCACUGUAAAGGUGUUUUGGUCGGGACCUACGGAGAUUCGUGCCAUAAUUGCUUCUCAAUACGCAAACUCCUGCAGGCGAUUCUUGGCCAUGGCGCUUUAUGGGGAUUCCGUGUAUUCUUUGAAGAGCCCUCAUGGUGUGUGGGUCAUAUUUCAGAAAAGAAAUCUUGCAGAAAGUACACCUUGUUCUGCCGUGCCGAAUGUUGUAGGCUAUGAUAAGAUAUGCAACCUAACAAAACACAAUUUUAACAUGACAGUUUAUUGUGGGCAACCUAAAAGUCGACUACUCUCUUGCAGAUCUCCUAUAGUUUUAUGGACAACUCGGAACAUCGACGUACAUAAAAAGAACGAUUCCGGUGUAAUAUUUCGUCCAGUUGUGGCUGAACUUAAUAACACAUAUGUUUUGAACAUUUCCUCAUCGUAUUCAAACACCAGUAGAUUCUUUGCGGGAGGGAAAAGUGUAUAUAACUUCGAACCAAAGCAAACUGAGUGCAAUAACCGAUCACCACUGUUAUCAUGGAAUGAAACAUACCCAACAGGACUAGGGUUAAACAAGGGCUGGAGGAUGCUACAGUGCCACCACACGCAGGUCAGGGAUACAGCCACCAUCAGGCGCUGCUUCGCUGGAAAACGAUUUUACGUCAUGGGGGAUUCCACUGUGAGGCAAUAUUUCGAAAAUAUCAUAUCAAAACUUAACUCCACAAUACAUAUUCGUAAGAACUUUAACAGUUUAUUAUUCACUGAUCCAAGACAGAAUAUGCAUUUUGAAUGGUCAAUCCAUUCUAUGCCGUACCACUGCGGGGGAAGCAUCGCCAAAUGUGUUCCUUCUUCCAUUGCUGGCAAACUUUGGGACAUACUAUACAAACGUUCAAUGUCCAUCGAUGGGUCUGAGAUAAUCAUUUUAAUAACAAUAAACGCACAUCUCCAAAAUUACCCUUUGGAAGUUUUGCGAAGCAGACUAAGAAGUAUAGUUAAACCAAUAACCAUGUUGAAAGCAAAGUAUCUGCUUUCAAAAGUACUUUUUAAAGGACCUCAUCAGUGUUCACAAGAUGAUAAGUGGUUUGAUGUCAGAAUAGCCCUUAUUUACCAUGAAAUAAUUUAUGAGGAAUUAAACUCUAUUCUAGACAAGGUUAUAUACACACAUUUUCUAUAA